GCCAGCCGCAGCGUCAGACUCCAGUGCGUCGCCCGCAGACAUGCCGCAGCCAGCGCAGACGUCGCAGCAGCAGAGGGUGGUGCUGCCAGCGCGGCCGGCGCCCCCGCGCCCCCAGCAGCAGCAGCCGCCGCCUCUGCUCCGGCUGCUCGCGCUGCUGCUGGCGCUCACCCUGCCGACGGCCUGUACCUCCGCCGCCGUCGUCAAAGAGACACCGGAGUACGUGCGGCCUUGCGCGCGGUCUGACCCUGAGCUGAGCGCGUGCAUCGGGCGCGCCAUCGACCACCUGCGACCCUUCAUCGUCAAGGGUAUCCCGGAGCUGGCGGUGCCCACGAUCGAGCCGCUGGUGAUCCCGCGGCUCUCCAUGGAGAACGGCAACGGGGCGGUGAGGGUGCGCGCCGCCUUCCACAACGUCACCAUCGUCGGCGCCAGCAACUACACCGUAUCCGCCGUCAAGGCCGACAUGACGACGUACCGCAUCGAUGUGGGCCUGCGGCUGCCCAGCAUAGAGACGACGGGCCGGUACGACGUGUCGGGCAACAUCCUGCUGUUCCCCGUGCGCAGCCGCGGCGAGUUCUGGGCCGGCUUCUACGACAUUGCAGCAGUUGUGAGGGUGUUUGGCAAAGAGGUUACCACCGACGGGGAGAAAUUCAUGCGCAUAGACAAGCUGCUCGUUGACUUCAACUUGUCAAAGAGUAGAUUUCGUGUCAAGGAUUUCCUCAACACUGGCAAUGUUCUCGGGGAGGCGAUGAACCAGUUCCUGAACCAGAAUGCCAAUGAGAUCAUCAAGGAAAUGAAGCCGGCGGCGGCGCAGAGCAUCAGCAGGCACUUCAAGGAGUACCUCAAUGUGGCGCUGCUGCGCGUGCCUAUCAGGGUAUGGCUACGCGACCAGUAGCCAACCAGUGCAGUGCAGGGGCCUUCGCUCGAUGACGUCAUUAGCACUUGGGGCGUUCGGCGAGGACCAAGCGUCCAAAGUGCUUCACUGCACGAACACUAUGUCAGAGACUGUUGCCGAGUGCGAAACUCAAGUGCUGCCAGGCUGUGACUUCCUAUACAGCGUCGUGGGCUCCAGGGAACGCCCUCAAAGCUGUCGGACGUUGCUGGUGGAGUGCUUAUGUGAUCUCGAUCAAAAGUUGGACAGUUCAACUUCGUUCACUACUGCAACAUCCUGCUUGGAAAAAUCCAAAUUACAAGAAUCUUCCUUUGUAUCUCCUAGUAAAAUGUGUCAACAUGGUAUAUCUCAUACACUCUUUAGACACUAAGAACAAUGUCGUCAGCUCGUAACUAUAGUUUCAAGGAAAGUGUUGUUAUCUAGUAGUACCACCUUACAAAGUUAAUGAUUAGCUAAUCUUGGAAGUACAUAUCAGAUUAAGCCUUAUUUUCUGUUUGUAACAAUUGGUAAAAUAUUUGUUCUCAACAAAAAGGGAAGUAAUGAAAAAAGCUACUACAUCGACAUUUGGACAGAAAUAUACAGAGUUUGUAAGUAAAUGCUAUUUGUGUAAUUAUUUUAAUAUCAAGAAAGCCGUUCGAGUUCGCAUUCAUAUGUAUAUAUUCAGGAUUUCUCAUUAUAAGUGCCUUACGACUCAGUACUAGGAUAAAUCAAGUUUGCUCCAUUACUUGCAAGCGAUCUGUUACUCGUUUUAUAUUUCACUUGCAGACCAAAUCGUAAUGUCUAACUUUCAAUACAAAUUAUUUUUUGUAAAUGUCUGAGAAAGCUCAUAUAGCUGCCAGGAUUGUUGCCUGCAGUGAAAGAAAUUUUGUUAAUGAAAUACGUACAAAGUACAAUAAAGAUAUUAUCGUAUCUUCU